GUCUUCUCCGAAUCCUUGGGUUUUCCCCAUCUUGCCAUUCUCCUUGCAGUUAUUCAUGCGAACUUUGCUGUAGAAAUAAGCACUGUACAAAUCUCUUGGAUAUUAAAAAUAACGAGUUGGAACCCUGGGAGUCGAUCCUCCUUGCUUUGUGUCACGUGAUCAAAUGACCCACCCCAAUUGCAUAUUUACAAUACAAGCAACAUGGCGGGACGACCAACACAGAGUCUUAUGAUUCAGGCUGAUCAGCUUGAUGAACUCAUCGAACAAUUUAAUACAGUAGACCAAGAUGGCAAUGGAUAUAUCAGUUUAGAUGAGCUGGACACAGCAUUAAACAUAUGUGGCUUCAAGCUUCCUGGAUAUGAGGUCAGGAACCUGGUUGAUGAGUAUGACAAGAACAUCAAAGAUGGAAAAUUAGAUUUUGAAGAAUUUAAAAUGCUUUUUGGUAGACUAAGGCAAGAAAAAGACUUUGGAUUCAAGUUUAAAAAGAUGAUCUCAAAAAGGGAGAAUAUUGAAACGCACACAGGAUUGUCCCAGGCAUCUGCAGAGGGGACAACACAUUCCGUUAAACAGGAUGAGCAAAAUAGCUUCUCUGAUUGGAUAAGCAGAAACUUCAAAGAUGAUGAGGAUUGUAAGAAAUACCUUCCUCUGCACCCAGAGGGCAGAGACCUCUAUCAGAAGAUUAAAGACGGGAUCUUACUCUGCAAAAUGAUCAACAGAUCUCAACCAGAUACAAUAGAUGAGAGAACAAUAAACAAAACUAAUCUAAAUGUCUACAAAAUACAUGAGAACUUAAUCCUGGCUCUAAACUCGGCUCAGUCUAUUGGGUGUAAUAUUGUUAACAUUGGACCAGAAGAUCUAGAAGCCGGAAAACCACAUCUCGUCCUGGGCCUAAUAUGGCAAGUUAUUAAGGUGGGCCUUCUGGGAGAUAUCAACCUGAGUCACUUCCCAGGGCUGAAGAAUCUGCUAGGGGAGGAUGAAAGCAUGGCAGACUUCAUGAAGCUAUCUCCAGAACAGAUCCUUAUACGCUGGGUGAAUUACCAUCUUGAACGUGCUGGGGUUGACAGGCGCAUCAGCAACUUCACUAGUGAUAUCAAGGAUUCAUUUGCGUACAUCCAUUUGCUCAAACAGAUAUCCCCGAAGGAGGCGGGAGUUGUUACAGGAUAUGAAGAAAUUCCUGACUUGGAGCAACGUGCUGAAGAGAUGUUGAAAAAUGCUGACAAGAUUGAGUGUCGUAGCUUUGUGACACCCCCUGCUGUUGUAUCUGGCAACUACAAACUGAAUCUUGCGUUUGUGGCUAACCUGUUCAACAACCACCCAGGCCUGGACAAGGAUGUGGAGGUGCCAGAUGAUUAUGUGGAAGAGACAAGGGAGGAGAAAACAUACCGUAAUUGGAUGAACAGCAUGGGAGUGAACCCCUAUGUGCACUACCUGUACAGUGACCUGAUAGAUGGCCUUGUCAUCUUCCAGCUCUAUGACAUCAUUCAGCCUGGGAUUGUCAACUGGAGUAAGGUUGUCAGACAAUUCACCAAAAUGAGUGCGAUGCAUGAAAAGAUUGGGAAUUGCAACUAUGCAAUUGAAAUUGGCAAAGAGUUGAAGUUUAAACUGGUUGCAAUUGGAGGAAAGGAUUUGUAUGAUGGAAUACAAACACUCACCUUAGGUCUUGUGUGGCAGUUGAUGAGGGCUUACACAAUUAAUGUUCUCACAAAGCUGGCAGAGUCUAGCACACCAGUGUCAGACAAAGACAUCAUAUCUUGGGCCAAUGAAAAGCUAAAGGCACAUAGGAUGGGUAGAGCUAGAUCUAAUGUCCGCAAUAUUGUUUUUGAAAUGAACAAAACUGCAAUUGACAAUUGCAAACAGUUGAAGAAGAAUGGCAAGAAGGGCUUCAUCACAAGCUUCCAGGAUGAAGUAAUAAAAGAUGGCAUCGUUGUCAUUGACCUCAUAGAUGCCAUCAAACCACAUUGUAUCAAAUAUGAAAAUGUCAGAACAGGAACAAGUGAUGCGGAUAAACUUGCUAAUGCCAGAUAUGCUAUAUCCAUGGCCCGUAAGGUUGGAGCCAAAGUGUAUGCUCUCCCAGAGGAUGUUGUUGAAGGAAAGAAGAACAUGGUGAUGACACUGUUUGCCUGCCUAAUGGCAUGUGACAAUGAGAGACAGACUAAUGAGGACGAAAGCUAGACAUCAAUCCUCGCUUCCAUGUUGAAAGAAAAUUGAAACAAAAUUAUGAAUUUCCUGCAGUUAUGGACUCUUAAACUUAAACAAUAAACAUUUAUCCUGCUUCCAGCUUCUAUACAUAAUUAAACCAGAAGUUUAUUUAUACAUUUCUACCAUAGACACUACACGACAGUAAGCUUCCAAUACAGAUAAAGAUAAAUUUUAGGUGUGUGAGUGUCAAUGACAUUUUCAUCAUGCUGAUAUUUUUUAUUUCAAAUUAUGAAUUUGAAAGUUGUGUAUUUCAAUAAGAAUGAAUGAAUCUGUUAAAGAGACUCUUAAAAUAAUGAUGAGGUUGUGGAGAAAUCAGACAUAUACAUAUACACACAUAGAAAUCCUAUUUUUGGCAAUUUAUCUUAAAAUAUGUAUUUAGAAAAUUUAUCAGAUUUGAAUUUUGCAAACAAUUUAUUCUGAGGCCCCAUCUCCAAUUAUUUUUGUCAAUAUUGUUCUCACACCACUGGUGGAAUACAGUUGUCAUAAUGGUGGCUUAUCAUUAAUCAUUAAUUGGGCAAGUAUUUCACUUUUCGUCAUUGGGAUUCCAGCAAAGCUGCUUGGCAGAUAUUCUUCAAGGUACACUCCUUAGAGUACCAAGCAUUUUGUAGUAGAGCUGAUGUUUUUUGGGCAGCCAUUUUAUUUUUUGGCAGCCAUUUUAAAUUAUAUUUCAUAAAUUUGUCAUUGUGAUUUUAGUAAAACCACAUGUUUAAUUUUCUGGAAAUUCUUACGUAAGAGGCCCAUGGUUCUACAGCUGAUGAAUUUUUGGGUGGCUACUUGGUGAGUUAAAAGUAAUAAAAGGUCAAAAAUGCACUCGGGGCCUCCUUAAAAUUGCUUGUGAUCUUGAUAUCGAAGUUAUAUUUAGUUUACAAAUGUAUACUAAUUAAUAUAAAACCAUAGGCAAAAGCUAUUGUGAUUUUCAUUCUAAUUAUAUAUGUUGAGCAGAAACAGUUUUAAAAACUCUAAGCUUAUCUCACAACCUAUUUCUGUGUUACAGGUACCAGGUUUCAGUUAAGGACUAGUAGCUGGCAUAUUAUUAAGAUGUGGAAAUCAUAAUGUCUUUUCCCUAAUGUUUGAAGUGGAUAUGUUCCACCAAUGUAUUAUAAUGUUUAAAGUCAAUGCAUAGAAUUUUCAUUUCAGUGUAUAAAACUGUGAUUACAAGUGAAACUUCAUACAUUAUAGAGUAUGAGAUGUGUUAACCACAAAACAGAAUUUAUACUGUACAAAUAUGCUGCUAGUUUUAUAUGUCACAUUCCAGCUGUCGUACAUGCCAUAUGCUUUGUGUUAAAUACAUGCUAUUUUAUAAUAUUCUCAUCAUUCUCUUUGACAAAUAGUUAAUAAUAUAAUGUUGAUGAAUUUUAAUUAUCCCACCAAAGUUGGUUUAGGGAUAUAGAGAAACAUGAUCCAUUAUAAUUAAGAGGAUAAUGCCUUGUGGCAUAGAAUCUCUGCUUUAGGGUAUGAGUACCGUAAUCCAACACCAAAUUCGAAAAUUCAUAUCAAUACUUUGCACAUAUGGCGUUCGUGAUCAACUUUAAAACGCUUACCCCCCAUAGUGUUAUAUAUCAAAA